AUGUCCGCAAACAACCUCUUAGCUGCCCUGCAGGCCUUGAAGAGAAAGAAACGCCUGGAGCAGCAGCUGACACAGAUCGACGGCACGCUUUCCACCAUCGAGUUCCAGCGGGAAGCUCUGGAGAACUCGCACACCAACACAGAGGUGGUGAGAAACAUGGGCUACGCCGCCCAGGCCAUGAAGAAGGUCCACGACAGCAUGGAUCUAAACAAGAUAGACGAUCUGAUGGAAGACAUCAACGAGCAGCAAGAUGUGGCCCGGGAAAUCAACGAAGCCAUCUCCAGACCCUACGGCGAAACUUACGACGAGGAUGAGCUGCUGGCCGAGCUAGAGGAACUGGAGCAGGAGGACAUGGAGGAUAACCUGAGGAGCAUGGGAGGACUGCCCUCAGUGCCCAGUGCAAGACUGCCCUCGGCUCCAUCAGGACGCGUAGCUCACCGCGCAAGUAUGUACAAGAUAUAUUUUCGAGUAACAUACACUGUAUUUGUAAAAGUGUGUCCUACAACAUUCUUCACCUUCAUGAAAAAAAUAGUCACUUUUAAAAUAUACAACUUUUUCUUUGUUCUCCAAAAUAAAUUAAAUUAUUUUGGAUAUGACCUUCUGCCCCUUCAGUUGUAUACAAUUUAGUUUUCAGAACAUUCC